AUGUCCAAAUUUCGCCUAGUGCUGAACAAGGAUAUCCUGUCUAACGAGAACCUACCCAAACCACGCGCACGUCGCCCUCGUCAUGUGGAGAUGCACGAUGCCAAUGCGGUAGUUCGCCUUAAUUAUGCACUGCCUUUAUCCGUACACAGUGUGCUAUUUCGCAUCGCUCGGCCAGCCGCUUUCGUCAUUGGUGAAGUAGUUCACGACAUGGUUUCUCAAAGUGGCGGCAGGCGUCCAUUGCGAUGGGCCGUCGAGCUGCGAGUCACACCCACACCACACCCAGAUCUUCGUCAGUGGCACCAGUCCAUCUUUGGGACCACAUAG